UGGAUCUGACUGCCGCACGCGCUCACAUUUGCUGAGUGGAGUCUCUGUAGAGUUCAGUUCUGCUUURAGCGAACUUCUUUAUUGAUACAAGUUAUUUUGAAACAGUCGGACUCGCUGCAGGUUCUUUUCUCCGCACAAGAAGAGGAAUAAAASUUCCUGCUUCCUUUUCAAAUGGGAAAUUAACGCGCGCGGGUGAAACUUUAGUCUCACAUUUUCUGGCCAGGAGAGUGAAUGUCGGAGCCGUUUUUCUGGAAACAUGCCGGAGCGAAUAAGUAUUUCGGACUUUGUGGUACUGACGAACGAGGAUCUGUCUUCCCCCGGCUCUUCCAGUUUUCAGUCCAGAAUGAGUGACUGUCGGAACACGGUGUCAGUGGUUGAAGAGUGUUUGGAGAUGGACAACUCAAAUCUGCACAAGAUGAAGAAGUUAAUUAAAGCUAUACACGCUUCUGGACUCUCACAUGUGGAAAACAAGGAGCAUUAUACUGAGUUGCUGGAGAACUUGGGGAAUAGCCACCUGACCCAGGACAACAAUGAAAUCUCCACAGGCUUCCUCAACUUGGCUGUAUUUACCAGAGAGGUCACGUCCCUCUUCAAAAACCUGGUGCAAAACCUCAACAACAUCUUGGCCUUUCCUCUGGAGAAUGUGCUGAAGUCUGAACUCCGGGAUGGUAGAUUAGAGCUCAAGAAAAAUAUGGAGAAGAGGUGGAAGGAUUAUGACAUAAAAUUAGGGAAACUGGAAAAGGAGAGGAAGGAGAAGACAAAGCAGCUGGGGCUGAUCAAGUCAGAGGGAUCGGACGGGGGGGAGGACAUGGAAAGAGAGAGAAGGAUCUUCCAGCUGCAGAUGUGUGAGUAUCUUCUGAAGAUCCAGGAGCUGAAGGUGCGUCAGGGUCCUGAUCUUCUCCAAAGCCUUAUCAAAUUUUUUCAAGCCCAGCUCAGUUUCUUUCAGGAUGGGCUGAAAGCCGCAGAGAAUCUCACUCCCUUUAUUGAGAAACUUUCUUCCUCUAUUCACACGAUGCGUGUGGAUCAAGACGAGGAUGUCAAACAGCUCACUCAGCUGAGGGAUUCUCUCAAAUUGCUUCUGCAAGUGGAUGGCAAGGAGGAAUAUCUGAACAGGAAGAACUCGGGCAAUGGGUACAGCAUCCACCAACCACAGGGAAACAAGACGUAUGGGACUGAGAAAUCUGGUUUCCUGAUGAAGAAGAGUGAUGGGAUCAGGAAGGUUUGGCAGAAGAGGAAAUGUGGAGUCAAGUUUGGGUGCCUGACUAUUUCACACAGUACGAUCAAUCGACCACCAGCCAAGUUGAACCUUCUCACCUGUCAGGUCCGGCCCAACCCAGAGGACAAGAAAACUUUUGACUUGGUCACUCAUAACCGGACGUAUCGUUUCCAGGCAGAGGAUGAACAGGAAUGCAUGAUCUGGAUGUCAGUACUGCAGAACAGUAAAGAGGAGGCGCUGAACACAGCGUUGGGAGGAGAUCAGCUUCACCUUCAGGACAGCGGGCUCCAGGACCUCUCCCAAGCCAUCAUUGCAGAGCUUCGACACAUGCCGGGCAACGAGGCGUGUGCAGACUGCGGCGCUCCGGACCCGACGUGGUUGUCCACCAACCUGGGAAUCCUCACUUGUAUCGAAUGCUCUGGGAUCCACAGAGAUCUGGGGGUGCAUUACUCCAGGAUUCAGUCACUCACACUCGACCUGCUGAGCACUUCAGAACUACUGCUGGCUGUCAGCAUUGGCAACACCAGAUUCAAUGACAUCAUGGAGGCAGGCCUCCCCAAUGACUCUGUCAAACCGUUGCCACAAAGCGACAUGAAUGCAAGGAAAGAAUACAUUGUUGCCAAGUACGCCGAACGCCGGUACGUCCUGCGCAGAGAAGAGUCCGAUCCAUGCCGGCUAUACGACGCCGUGAGGAGCCGGGACCUGGUUUCCCUCCUGCAGCUCUACGCCGAGGGAGCUGACCUGGCCAAGCCGCUCGUGCUCCCCGAAGGACAGGGGAACAAAGAGACCGCUCUUCAUCUCGCUGUCCGCAUUGAGGAGAAGAGCUCUCUGUCCCUGGUGGAUUUCCUUUGUCAGAACAGCAACUGCCUGGAGAAGAAGACAACAGAAGGGAACACAGCGCUUCACCACAGCGUCCUUUAUCACAAGCCUGAAUCACUCAAGUUGUUGCUCAAAGCAAAGGCAGCCAUUCAUACAGUGAACUCAGCUGGAGAGACCGCUCUAGAUAUUGCUAAGAGGCUGCAGCACACACAGUGCAUCGAUCUGCUGGAGCUGGCCCAAAGUGGUAAAUUUAACUCUCAGAUUCAUGUGGAAUUCCCAUGGGAGACUCAGGCUCAAGAGUUUUAUGACAGUGAAGACGACCUGGAUGAGAAGGUGAGCCCAGUGUCCAAGAACCGCUCCCUUCCAAAAUCAAACGGAGGUGGUGUUUCUCCCUUUGUCAGAUGGAGCCACAUAAAUGGUUCGAGUUCCAAGCCUUGUCAGACAUAUGAGAACCUGGACUUCCUGUACAACAAUCCUCCAGCCAACAGUGCCCCCUCUGGAGCUUCAGUGCCACCACCACUGCCCGUUAAAUCAGUUCAAAGAGGUCGCUCAGACCCUCAGAUUUCAGCCACGACACAAGAUGGAAGCCACCUCCCCCGACGCAGCUCUAACCCAUCUACCCACACCUCCACUUCUCAGACACAAUCGAGACACGCUAAUUCAGAGAGUCCAGGCCAGAGUGGGAGACCCCCAAGGUCCCCGCGUGGACAUGGGUGUCUUCAGAGGACACACAGGCAGACCUGGGAUGGCCAAACCAGUGCUAGUUCUGGGUCACAAAGUACACUGGUGUCCCCUCAGAACCCUGUAGGACCCGUCAGUUCAGAGAAGACCACUUCAUACCGUCGCAGCAGUGGAGGAAGCAGCCAUGGAAAGUGUGUGGGAAGCCAGGAGGAGUUAUCCUGCAGCCCUGCGGAAAAUAAUACAGGUUCCUCCGCUCCAUCUUCAUCCUCUUCAUCCUCACCAACCGUGACCUGUGCCACACGCUCCCGCAGGAAUGCAAUGGUCUCUGGCAGCAGGCCACAGAAGCGUGUCAAGGCUUUGGUAGACUGCCGAGCAGUCAGCUCUGAGCAGCUUGCUUUCUUUAAAGAUGAAGUCAUUGUGGUCACGGCAGCUAAUGACUCCCACUGGUGGGUUGGACACAUUGAAGGAGACCCAUCAAGAAGUGGGACCUUUCCUGUCAACUAUGUACACAGACUAACAGACUGACAAGGAUGCGUUUCUGAACCAGUGGAGCUUUGUCACAGAGUGGACUUUAUAGACAGGAAAAGACUGUAACUUUGAGUUUCCACAUGAGGAUCUACUGGCCAAAGGGCUCCUAAAGUUGUAAAUAACCUUGUCAAGGAUUCAUUACUCUUUUAAACAUUUAUUCAUCUCAGAAACAAGUCAACUGUCACCACAAACCUUUACCCACAAUCGAGCGGAGCGAGGAUAAAAGCAUCGUGGCUGAUUUGAGCGAACAUGCUUUUGAUCAAACAUUUGCACUGCAGACGUUUACGUUAACAAGGAUUUAUUUGUACAUAGAGGCAAAACUUUCCUUCGGGGCAAAAACCCUUUUAGGCACUUAAAUUUUGAGAGGAAUCCUCUGCAGGCGUUAGCAGAGCCAGCUGUUAUAACAGGGAUGUAGCUGCUUUCUAUUUUGUCUAGUGUUUUUAAAUCACUGUAUAAUGAGACUUUUAAAGUUCGACCCUGCCCAGGGUCUGCUGCAGCACCAGCCCGGGACGUGCCUACGUGUGUGUCUUCAAAGAAACGCCAGGCGUCUGUGCAGGCCGACGAGACGGCUGAGACUUGGAGCCGACCGGCUGCAGACAGAGUGGAGGAUCCACUUUCUCCUGGCUCCAGGCAUCAGUCUCAGGAGAACCUAGCCACGGUGUGAUAAGGGAUGGGGGAGGACCCUUUCUUCUACCAGGAAAAGGUUCUUAAAGAUGGCUUGUUAGGACCCCCUUCCCACCGCAGUCAUUUGUUCAGCAAACACAAGCUUUCUUUACAUGGCACGCUUGCACACAGAGAAGCUUCCAGGAUUCAGGGUGCAUUAUGGGAGAAAAGAUUUUGGUAGAGUCGUCAUUACUUCUAUUUUUAUAGAUACCCACGCUGCACAUUUCACUCACUUUACAAAAGGUUUUUUACAUAUUUGUGUAAACCUGAUGUAGUAAUAGUAUGUUUUAAUGUUUGAUAUACAUUUUUAAGGACAGUGUUACUUUUUGUUGCCAGUUUGAUGUGUUUAUUUUUGUGCAAGUCAUCCAAAUGUCACAAAAUAAGGGAAUAGACAGAUUGAGUGUUUUUUUUUUUUUUUGCACUUGACUGUUUCUGUUUAUAUGAUCUGGUUACAGUGUUGGUUAUUAACUAAAGAAAUCAGACAGCCGAGUUAGCAGAUGCGUGAGGCGGCGGGGGCAUCUGCGUCAGAUUGUCACUGUACGUAGGAACUGUGUGAAGUGUAAAUAACUAAUUAGCUCAUUUCAGUGAGUGUAUUUGUAGCAUACACAUUAAAAGUGUUUAAUUGAA